GGGAGGAUGGCGGCUGGAUCGGGCCCGGCGCCGGUUCCCCGCGCGGAGCUGAAGCUGGUGCGGCUGCUGAGCCGAUGCGAGGCGCUGGCGGCCGACAGGCGGGGCCCGGGCGAGUGGCGGCUGGAGAAGUACGUCGCGGCUCUGGAGGAGAUGCUGCUUGCGCUGAAGAAGCCCUCCAGCAAACCAGCUGCCGAGGUGCUGAACGAAUAUUCCCGCAAGGUGGAUUUCCUGAAGGGGAUGCUGGAAGCGGAGAAGCUGUCGUCGUCGUCGGAAAAGGCGCUGGCCAACCAGUUCCUGGCCCCCGGGCGGACCCCCACCACCGCCAAGGAGCGGACCCCGGCGACCAAGACGGUGCACCUCCGGACCAAGGCCCGCUACGCGGGCGAAAUGCGGGGCGAACUGCUUGGUACAGUAUGUCCCCCUGGCCGGAGCGAUUUGGAGGAGACGAGCCUGAGGAAGCGCACGGCCCUGCUGCCUGAUGAGAAGCAGUCAGCGGCCGAUCUGGACGCCGUGCUCCAGCACCACCACAGCAUCCAGGAGAAGCUGGCGGAGGACAUGCUGCACCUGGCGCGCAACCUCAAGAACAACACGCUGGUGGCGCAGAACGUGAUCAAGCAAGACAACCAGACCUUGUCUCAUUCGCUCAAGCUGGCCGACCGCAACUUUGAGAAGCUGAAGGACGAAUCCGACCGCCUGGAGCAGCACGCCAAGAAGUCCGUCAACUGGCUGCUCUGGCUGAUGCUGAUUGUCGUCUGUUUCAUCUUCAUCAGCAUGAUCCUCUUCAUCCGCAUCUUCCCGAAGCUGAGGUGAUUCCUGACCGGAGUCGGAGUCGGCGUCAGCAGCAGCAGCCUGGUCCCUGAGCUGCCUUUGCCCUCUUCCCCGGCAGUGCCCCGAGACGCUUCUCGAACCAGGCAGGAAACGCCCCUUAGGAAACACGCUCGGCUCCGCAGCCCCACGGCCCGUGUGCGCCUCUACUUUCCGCAGCCUGGGGAAUAAUCCCCACCCCACCCCGAUGACAAGCACGAAGCUGGGAGACUCUUCCUACCGGCCCGGUCUCUGUGUGUGCAGCACCGUGCGUGAGUUGACACCCUGGACAUGUGAACGGACAUUGAGCAAGUGUGGAGCAGGUAGAAAUGGGCCUGGCCUCUCCCGGGCAGAAGAGGGGGUGAGCCCGUGCCGGGAGGGUGUCACUUCAUGCCACGCGGGGGUGGGUGGGGGCCUUCUGUGACCACCUCCUCCUCCUCCUGCACACAGCCAGGCGUCCAGGCGAGAGGCCUUCUUCCGGACUGUUAGUUUCCCCGCCUGCAGGGACUUUUUGUUCUGUUUUAUUGGAGGCAGGAGUGUUCCCCCCCCACACACCUGUCCCGUCAGGGUGCCCCUUAGCUGCCUCAGCGACUGGGCUCCUUGGCAAAUGCCCUGGCACGCCGAGGGAGAAACGCCUUGCCACGGCUGGCCGCGGGGAGUAAUAACCGGGUUACGGUUCCGUUCCCCCCAUCCUCUCUCUUUCUUUCUUUGACGAGCUUUUUGCCUGCUGCGGGGUAGCGCCGGUUUCCGUGCCAGGCCUCUGGAGCGGUGCCACUUCCUUAACAGCAGGGGCAUCCCAGGGGUGGUGGCAUCUCUCCUACCCACGCGCAGGCAACGUGCCUCCCUCCGCUCCACUCCUGCCCACCGUGAAACAGCGGCAGAGGGGGAACGAGGAAGUGGGGGGCGGGUUUGUGGUUUUACGGGCAUCCUCUCACACGGCAACCCUGGAGGACUAGCAGCGGAGUUAAUCAUCUGUAGGGAACGGCAGUGUUCUCCCGACAGGGCCUCACCCUUCUCCCAAAGCUGAGCAAUUCUGUGGCAACGCAGCAGAGGGGCUGGGCGUGAUGAAGAGGCGCCGUCCCUUCCAGGGAAGGGGCCCCCCAACCCAGCAAGGGCGAUGUGCCCCUGCCUGCCCGCCGGCUCGGAACCAGCGGAUGCGCUCUGGAGGAUGCUGGCGGAUCAAAGGGAACAACCGGGCGUUGGUUGCCUCCCCGGCUGGCAUGUCACAACGUGCGCAUUAAAGUCUCCCUUGCUGCAC